AUGGAGCACUCUUCGCCAUUAGCGGCCAUGCACCGCCCAGUGCCAGUUCCCUCUUGGGGAUCCAGAGAUAUGUUUCGUCCGCACGCCAAUGCUCACCUAUCGGCUAUGACCGGUGGUGGCGGUUCCUUCCGCCUUCGUGAACGUCUUCACAAGCCCAAUCCCGACUAUUUCAGCGUCAACGAUGUUCGUGGCUCUUCACCAGCCGCUAGCUUAGCAGCGGAUCUGUCUCAGAACUUCCGUCUCGAUUGUGGUGCUAGUCCCGUUUUCCCCACACCUCGAAGGGCCCUAUUCACCGCCACUAUCAUGGGAGAUGCAGAUGAGACGAGAAACUACGUGACAACCCCUCCUCUACCGUCUUCUUCUCCCGGUCAGCUCAACGAGACGAUGGAUAUCUCCCCGCUUCCUCACAAGGUCCCUUUCUUCUCACAGGUGGAUAUGGCCUCGCCUUCACCCGUCACAAGCUCGUCCGAAGAACGAGAGAACGACGAGAUGAUGCUCGAUUCUCCCGCACCCAUUACCCGGCACGGCCUUCUGGACGUGCCGAGACCACUGUCCGUCAUGGAGCGGAGAAAGGCGGCUCCGCGUCGGCCAUCGCUGACGCGAACAAAAGGUUAUUCCACAUGUGGCGCACCAGGCCGGGCCAAUACCCCCGUGUCGGACAACCAAAUGCCCGCUUUCCGCUUCGGGGGAUUCGGGGGGGAAAGUCGACUCAGCCACACCAGUUCUGCACUCAGUUUAAGUGAGUGCUUCGAGAGCAACUCUCCGCCGCCUGCCAGGCCCCAGUCGGCCAACAGCCCGUCUGCCACCGGACCAGGUGCGUUUCGAAGCCGCGUCCCGUCUUCUGGCAUGAGCGGCAUGGGCCCCCGCCAUGGGCUUCCUUCCAACCUCCACAGCCGCCGCCCCUCGAACCCCUUCAUGCGUCCUCGAAAGCAGUAUCGCCGCUCUCUCAGCAUGUUCGAGCAUCCUGCCGACAUCAUGAAGCCCAAAGCUGAGGAGACUGCCAUCUCGGCUGUACCCGAACUCCAAGCGGCCGCGGAGAUCCACGAAGUACACCAGCUGAUACUGCCUCACCGCAUUGCUGACGAUCCUUCCGACAACAUUCCGAGAAUCACCAAGGAGACGCUGGCGGAUGUUCUGGAUGGCAAGUAUAGCGAGCACUUUGACCACAAGAUGGUCAUUGACUGCCGGUUCGAGUACGAAUACGAGGGCGGCCAUAUUGACGGGGCAGUCAACUACAACAGCAAGGAGCUUUUGUCGUCGCAAUUGUUUCGCCAUCCCAUGGAGGGCCGCACGCUACUCGUUUUCCACUGCGAGUACUCGGUCCACCGCGCGCCCCUCAUGGCUCGUCAUGUGCGCUCCGAGGACCGAACGGUCAACGCCGAGCACUAUCCGAAACUCACCUACCCGGAGGUGUACAUCCUAGAAGGAGGUUACAGCGCUUUUUUUGCCCAGCACCGCCUCCGAUGCUACCCCCAGAGUUAUGUCGAGAUGGCCGACGAGAAGCAUCAGCGGACGUGUGAGAGGGAGCUCGGCCGGCUCAAGAACAACGGCCGCAAAGGUCUUGGUCGCGCCCAGACGUUUGCGUUUGGCCAACGGGGGCCAUGUGUGGAUCAAUCCCCUACAGCCAACAUUUCCCGACCCAGCCUCGUUGAUAUGCGUCAGGAACCGAUCGCCAUGGUGGGCAACUCUCCUAUCUUGGGCGAACGCACCCAUACGCGGCGAAUGGCUUCGUAUUGA